UCUUUUGCCAAUGAGUCACUUAAUUGUUAUUCUCUUCAUUUGAUUAAAUGUUUAAUUAACUUUUUCUAUUCUUAUUGUUUUCUUAUUGAUUGAAAGAAGCUUUUUAUUCUCUCUCGCGUUUGGUUGAUUGGUUGUUUAUACUUAUUGUGUUGGAUCAUUUUCACGAAUUGAUUGGAUUUUUUUCCUUGUAUAUUUUUUACUUUACCUUUUUUUUUAUUCUUUUACCAUUUUUAUUGUAUUUUGAAUAAACUCAAUUUGUUUCGUUUUUAAUUAUGAAUCGAACUGCUAAGAUUGGAUGUCGAGAGCAUCCUGAUGCUGCUUUAAUUGAAGAUUAUCGAGCUGGUGAUAUGAUUUGUUCGGAAUGUGGUUUAGUUGUUGGUGAUCGUGUUAUUGAUGUUGGUUCUGAGUGGAGAACAUUUUCCAAUGAGAAAGCCAAUGCUGAUCCAUCUCGUGUCGGUGCUGCUGAGAAUCCACUUCUUGGUAGUAAUGAUCUUUCGACUAUUAUUGCAAGAGCCGAACCAAAUGCUUCUGGUGAAGGUCUCAAGUAUUCUAGUAAGAAACAAAUGAGUAGUUCCGAUAGAAGUCUAAUAAGCGGAUUUAAAGAGAUCAAUGAUAUGGCCGAUAAGAUUAAUUUAGCUAAAACUAUAGUCGAACGAGCUCAUCUUUUAUUUAAGCAAGUCCAUGAUUCAAAAGCUACAAAAGGUCGAUCAAAUGAUGCGAUCGCUUCUGCAUGUCUUUAUAUCUCAUGUCGUCAAGAAGGAGUACCUCGUACAUUUAAGGAAAUAUGUGCCGUGUCAAAAGUGUCCAAGAAAGAGAUUGGAAGAUGUUUCAAGUUAAUUUUGAAAGCAUUGGAAACCAAUGUGGAUACAAUUACUACGGGCGAUUUUAUGGUUCGAUUUUGUUCAAAUCUUGGUCUUUCAUCGGCCAUACAAAAAGCGGCUACUCAUAUUGCUCGACGUGCGGUUGAUUUGGAUAUUGUUCCAGGUCGAAGUCCAAUUUCUGUAGCUGCUGCCGCUAUUUAUAUGGCUUGUCAAGAUUCAAAGACUCCAAAAGAAAUAGGAGAUAUAGCGGGUGUAGCUGAAGUAACAAUUCGUCAGAGCUAUAAACUUAUGGCUCCAAGAGCAGCGGAUCUUUUCCAGCUGAUUUUCCACGACCAGGACUUUAGUUCAUCAAUUAUAACAAAAUUUAACAAACUAUAGACAAAAUUUUUUUAUUAACGAAUUUCUGUGGAAAUUAAAUCAAUUUAAAAGUGA